AUAGAAGAAAGUUGAAACCAAAACAAAACUUCCCAUUCACUCUCACUCUCUCUCUCUCUCUCUCCCAUACAAUUUAAUGCAUCCUAACCCCCUUAUUGAAAUUUGAAACUCGAGUCUCUCCACAAAAACCCAGUAUUAAAUGCAGCAGAUGAAACCCUCACCCACCCUUUACCCCUCAAAAAAAUAAUCCCAUCCUAACCCCUUAAUUUCCUCCCUCAAUUUCUCUUUCUCUCCCUCACAAUGGAGAAUUCCCUAUUCUCUCCUCCUCCUCUUCUUCCUCUCCUUUCUCCAUGUCCUCUCCUCACAGUUACUUCACCAACCUUGGCCUUGGCUACUCCAUAGCCAUAACCCUCGCUUUCCUCGUCCUCCUCGCCACUCUCUUCCUCUCUUUCUACCUAUGUUGCCGCACCAGCCACAACAACAACAACAACCCCAACAACAAUAAUCCCAACAACUACACUGAAGGUAUCGUUUUGUCACGUGACAUCUUCAUAUCUGAAACCGAUGAAGAAAACCAACUCGCAGAAGAAAACACCGUAGUCGGUCUAGAAGACAACGUGAUAAACUCCUAUCCGAGGUUUCAAUUCAACCGAGACAACGCAACAGUCUUAGGACAAAACACAACGUGUUCUAUUUGUUUGUGUGAGUACAAGGAUUCAGAGAUGAUGAGAAUGAUGCCGGAGUGUCGUCAUUAUUUUCAUCUCUGCUGUCUUGAUUCGUGGUUGAAGCUUAACGGUUCUUGUCCGGUUUGUCGGAACUCCCCGCUUCCAACGCCGUUGGCUACUCCGCUUCAAGAGGUUGUUCCGCUUUCUCAGUACGGUGCUGAUCGGAGACGAAGAAGGUGACUUUUUUAUAUAUAAAUAUAGUUAGAUUGAGAAUUAUUUUAGUCAGGAAUUGAAUUAAGAUGCUAUAUGAAUUAUUAGAUUUUUAUGAGAUUUAUGUUUGGAAUAUGUUUUAUGUAAGAAAUUUAGAAAAGAAAAUUAUUUGUGAAGAUUGUAAAGUCCAUUGUGAUCUGAUGCAGUUAUUGCGUUGCGCCCACUAUAUUGCGGCCGUUGCAGUAGCAUUAUAAUGCGUCUUUCUUUUGGUCAAAUUACGAAUUUACAUCGGUUAUGUAAAUCUGGAAAUCCAACGGUAUAAUUAGGAAUCUUACUCCUUGACAUAAUUACAAUUAAUUAUAGUUGGUGAAAU